AUGCAAGGCUUCUUUAAGAGUUUGGUCUACAAAACCUUCGUCUCGGAGGCAUCGAAUACGCCUCUGGUGCAGCGCGCAGCGGAGAAGGCAGCUCGCAUGGAGCGCGAUGUGACCGGCGAGAAGCUUGGGCUGUGGCUCGGCGCCGCUGCCCGUGAGGUUUCUAAUGACAUCCGCUCCAGCUACAAUAUAGUGCGCGCGUACCUCAACCGUGACGCAGUGCAGAAGCCACAGCAGUCACUGUCGACAGCGGGUGGGCAGACGGGGAGUGUCGGUAACGGCCCUAAGCCACCUGAAGGACGGUGA